CAACGAAGUUCCUAGUCUAUACAUAUAUGUAGUAGGUAAGGAUGCAGCCAAACACGUGAGUUCGCGUCAGGUACCAUCCAAAGUGUCACUCGUCGCGCUUCGCGUCUGCCUCCCGAAGCUUCUUAAACAUUCCACCAUCAUCAACUCACGCUUCCCGUUCCAUCUAAUACCACCCAAAACCAUAAUUUUCUCCUUUAUUGCCAUUUUCAAUCCAACGCUCCGCAAAUCGCAAUCCAAUUUCCUGCUCCAAAUCCGCAGCAGCAAGCAUGUCCGAACCUACAGAAUACGUCACCCUCGUGUCCUACGACGGCUUCGAGUUCAAGAUUCGCCGCUCCGCCGCCAUCAUCUCGGGCGCCAUCCGACGCAUGCUCGACCCCCAAAGCAACUUCGCCGAAGCGCGAACAAACCGCUGCACGCUAGAAACCAUCCCCGGCAUCGUGCUGGAGAAGGUCUGCGAAUACCUGUAUUACAACGAGAAGUUCGCCGACUCGAAGGACGUGCCGGACAUGGAGAUCCCCGCGGACAUCGCCAUGGACUUGCUGAUCGCGUCGGAUUUUUUGGAUGUUUGAUUCGUUUUCAAUCGGGACAAAAUUUAGUGCUCGAUAUGAGAGAUGCAAGGAGGCGUGGAACCUCGCUACCAUCCUCGAAAUUGGCAAUUUUUGGCGCAGAUUGUAAGAUCGGAUACGGUAUUGAGAGGGUAGCGUCGCUGUCCUUGUCAAUGAAGGCGAUGGCAUUGGAAGCGACUCGCAGAAUUUAAUCUCCAACGACGGAAAUGACCACUAGCUGUCGGAACGAGCUAUUGUAAGCUGAAGGGAGCCCUUGCAUGCGAUCCCCGGCCGUUUUCUGUGUCGAAUGGUUGCUAUGAGUCCCCC